AUGGCUCCAAAAGCCUUGCUUAUCCUCCCAGUACUGGCUUCUAUCCAGGCGGUCGGUGCUGUGACGUAUCUUCAAGGUUCGCAAUACUGUGCUGCGGCUUGCUCGGCGGCACUGAACCAUGUGUCGUUCGAUGGAAAGCAGCCUCCCAGCGCCUCGCACGGAUCCCCUGUUCCCUGUACUAACAAACACUACAUCCUAUCUCUAUUCUACUGCGCAUCGACCUACUGCACACCGAACGAGGCUCGGUCAGGUCUGGCCUACAACAACGAAACAUGUCUCGCAGAAGCUGGCGAACCCCUGCCAAGUUAUGCCACCUUCAUGGAGUAUCCGCCUGCUGGAAGCGUGGGGAGCGUCAUGAGGAUUUCUGAGCAAGACGUCAAGAAGCAGAACUUCACCCGCCCCAUCGUGCCAGACCAGGACUUCUACAGCGUCGGCUACGAUUCGACUGUAGCGCAGAACCGCGCGACUGACUACAACUGGAACUUCGCAUGGGCGUUAUACGGCUAUUGGGGUCUUGUCAUUCUCAUCGGCACGAGCAAUCGUGCCCUUCAAUACCUCCGUCACCGUCGCUCGCAGCCUAGAUUGGACCUCAUCAAAGGCGAAUCAUUUGGAAGACAAUCCGAUUCACCAAUAGCGCGAACGGGGAUCUGGAUACGACGACACAUGGUUUUGCCUCUAGCGUUCGGCAACCAUCGCGAAACUCCAUUCACUGUUCCUACUAGAGUGGAGGGCCUUCUCAUUGCGCUUUACGUCGUGAUGAACUUCGUCUUUUGCUUUCCUGGAUACCACACCUUCGAAGGCAAUCUCUAUGCUGCUGAGACGAGAAUCCAGCUUGGUCAAUACUUCUGCAAUCGAGCUGGUACUCUCGCGAUCGCCAACAUUCCCAUCAUCUGGAUCUUCGCAACCCGCAACGACCCAUUCCUAUGGCUCACGGGAUGGUCAUACGCUAGCUUCUCGCAGUUUCAUCGCUGGGCUGCACGGACUGCGACAUUGCUGGCCAUCGCUCACGGUGCUGGCUAUUCUAUUAUAGAUGGAUGGGAGGGAGCGUACCAUGAAGCAUGGCAGAAAGAGUUCUGGUAUUGCGGUGCUAUUUCUGUCAUAUCGAUGUCCGUCUUGAUCGGCUCAUCCCUGUUCUUUAUCAGAAAUCGAUGGUAUGAUGUGUUCUUGGGUAUACACUUUAUCUUUGCUUUGAUGCUGCUCGUAUGCAUCUGGUUCCACGUCAAGAUCCAAUACGGCGCCUUCAAUGGCUUUAUCUGGCCAGCGGUGGCCAUAUGGUCGCUGGAUCGUAUCCUGAGAUGGACUCGCAUCCUCUGCAUCAGCGUCCUGCCCAAUUUGAAAGGCACCAAGGCAACUGCGACAUUUGAUGAGAACAAAGAUCUCAUCCGACUCGAUGUCACAGAGUUCUUCAAGAAGCAUGCGCCAAUCCCUGGGUCCUUCUACUACGUGUAUGAACCUGGUCGGCUGCGAGGCUACGAGAGUCACCCUUUCACACUGUGUACUUGGAAUCAUGCGCUGCCUGCCUCGCGAUCGAGUUCGUCCACAUCGUCGCUAGAUUCGCCGAUCGAAAAAGAAAUGGAAAAGACAUCCGACGACCUACUCAAUAGCCCCAACGACUCCAAAGACGUUGAGCUGGGCAUUGAGAGAACACCCACCGAUGACCCAAUCCCAGACAAGCGCAAGUCCUCAGAGGCACAUCAUACUUUCCUGAUUCGACCCAGGAACGGCUUCACCGACCGACUACGCACGAAGACCUCGACCCUACCAGGCGAGGAGAAGUCGAAAGACAUCCGGGUCCUGAUCGAAGGGCCGUACGGCUGCGAGCUGACAAUCCACCAAUACUCAACCGUCGUCCUAGUGGUGGGCGGCGCGGGCAUCACAGCCGCGAUAUCCAGGAUGUACUCCCUGCUGCGCACCGCCGGAUCUCCACACUUUGUACGUCUCGUGUGGGCGACUCAAAAGAGGGAGAUGGUGGACGACAUCUGUGCUCAUGAGCUGGACGGUGUGCUGGGCAGUCCGAGGUUGAGGACGGACUUUUACAUCACCUCUUCCUCGACGAUGCGAUCUCCGGAAGGAGAGAAAGAGUCGCGGGUCACACUCAACGCCGGCAGGCCUGACAUUGAGACAAUUCUGCAGGAAGAGAGGAGUAGAUGUCAAGGCAGUAUGGCGGUUUUCUGCUGUGGUCCAUCGGGUAUGGAGGCUUCGACGAGGAAUGGUGUUGUCAAGCUGCUGGGUGAGAAGGGGUCGCAUGUCGCGUUCUAUCAGGAGAGGUUUGGGUGGUGA